CGGGCCCAGGCAAAGUACACACACACAGAGGCCCUCUAGAGCGGGCGUGGGGUGGGGUGGGGCCGGCCUGCCCAUGUAAGUGACUAACCCUGCUAAGAGGUGGAGACUUGGGCUGGCUUUCCCUUGGGGCACAGAAAUGCUGUGGAUCUGGACUCUCCUGCCUCUGGUUCUUGCUGGAUCACAGUUGAGCAAUAAUACCCAAGAGACUAAUAGUGUCUGUAAGGGGUUGAAGUUGAGGAGGAAUGUUCGUGAAAUUGAGACUAACUGCUCAAAAGGAUUAUAUCGUGGGGACCAAUUUUGCUGUCAACCAUGCCAGCCUGGUGAAUACAAACAUUCGGAUUGUACAACCGAUGGUGGCAAACCAAUAUGCUGUCCCUGCACAGAAGGGAAGGAAUACAUGGACAAGGAACAUUAUUCUGACAAAUGCAGAAGAUGUGCACUCUGUGAUGAAGGGCAUGGUUUAGAAGUGGAAACACACUGCACCCAGACCCAAAAUACCAAGUGCAAGUGCAAACAGGACUUCUAUUGUAAUGCUUCUGUCUGUGAACACUGUGAUCGCUGCAUCACGUGUGAACAUGGAAUCCUUGAGCCCUGCACACCAACCAGCAAUACCAAAUGCAAAAGAGAAACCACAGGUUCCAGAUACCAUUUCCUAUGGUUGUUCGUCAUCCUCCCUUUGGUAGUAUUGCUGGUUGGGGUUUUAUAUAAAAAGUAUUGGAGAAGAGGUCAUGAGGACCCUGAGUCUGGGAUCUCAAAGCCUGAAAACAUGCCAAUUAAUUUCUCAGACGUUGACCUGAGUAAACACAUCUCGAAUAUUGCGGAACAAAUGUCAUUAUGUGAUGUUAAAAAAUUUGUUCGGAAGAAUGGGAUCUCUGAAACGACGAUAGAUGAGAUCAAGAAUGACAAUAUCCAAAACACAGCCGAGCAGAAAAUACAGCUGCUUCAGCACUGGUAUCAGUCUCAUGGGAAGAAGGAUGCAUAUCACACUUUAAUAAAAGGCCUCAAAAGAAUCAACUGUUGUCGUCUUGUAGAGAAAAUUCAGGCCAUGGUCCAGGAGGAGAUUGAAAAUUCAACUUUCAGAAAUGAAAAUGAAAGACAAGACUCAAGUGAAAACUUCCUCAGUUCUAGCUAUUGAGAGAGGGAGAGAGAGAGAGAGAGAGAGAGAGAGAGAGAGAGAGAGAGAGAGAGAGAGAGAGAAUCUUCUAAACCAGCAUUGUGGCUGGUGUCUGAGUCAGGAGCAUUGCCAUAAGUUCAAGGUCAGACCAUGCAACGUAGUGAGGUCUGGACUAGCCUGGAUCACAAAGUAAAACCUUGUCUCAAAUAUAACAAAAGAAAAAUUACAAAGCAAAGAAGAACAUUUUUAAUAAUGGAAAUCUAUAAAUGGUGUUUGACUUUUUAUUGAGUAUAUUUUCUACUUCCUUAGAUUUCUAAAGACGAUAUAUUUACAACAUUGGAAGAUUUCAUGAUUCUGUUUUGAGUAAUGUUGAUAUGUAUGUGGAGGAUGGACAGGUGCUAGAGUAACUGCAGUAGUGAUUUAUGUACCCAGACAGAAGUCUACACAAAAGCACAUAAACUUAAUAGCAUCCUCUAGGCAUGAGUGUAGUUACUGUAUGCUGGCCUGUGACAGUCCACCCUGUUCCAUGGUCACAGAAGGCAUGACUUUGGCUAUUAAGUCACACACACUCUAAGGGUACUUUGUCCCAACCCCAACUCCAAGAUAAUCCUAGAGAUUUUACCAUAUAGAGAGACUUGGUUAGCCAUCUUCAGAACAUACCCAUGGCAAAGCUUGCACAUGUAUUUAAAUGUGGAAUUAAAUAAGGUCUGUCUCAAAGAUUUGUGUGUGUGUGUGUGUGUGUGUGUGCAGACCACUGGUGUUUUGUGAUGUAAUAUUUCUAAUUUAAAUUUGUGUGGAAAAUGUAGAAUAAAUCCAAACGCUUGAAUAUAUUCUAUUUAUAUACCAUUUUAUUCUUCCAAAAUAAUUUGCAUGUGUCUCAGGUGUCAAAGUGUUUUUGAGUAGGAGUGUAUUACUCCAGCCACACUACCUCUCUGCUUUCUCUUUGUUAUUCAAUCUGAUACAGCUUUAUGCACUCCUAAACCUGGAAACUUUUCUAAAGAAAUAAUGGUCCCUGCCCCCACAUCCCCAAAAACCCAGAACUGCCUUGGAAAUUCUGACCUGUUUUGGAAGGAGGAGUGCAUUGCUUUUCUGGGGGGUAGCUUUAGGGCAUGCUAUGGACUUGUGCCUUCCACCAAAAGUGGGGACAAUAUGAAAGGCCACUUCAUUGCCAUGUGUCAACUUCUGGUGUGUUCUCUUCACCUAUAAAUGCCAGCUGAUGUCCAGCAAAGAUAAAAUAGGCAGAAGGUUCUAGUAAUUGCUUCUGAUAUUCUCUUCAGGUUCUGAGACAAACCAUUUCCUCCAUCUACUGCGAUGCUGUUAUUUUCACACUUAAACCUGUAUGAAAGUUGUGUUAAAUGUGAGUUGGAAUCUGCAGUGCUUCUGUUUAUAUUCAUGUGUUGUGAACUGAGGAGAGUUAUAAAUGGAAACAAAUACUUGCAGUUACCUAAAGACCUUCCACUGUUGGAUGAUUCUUUCCCUCUAUGUAUGGAAAUGUUAACAGAGGAAUUUUUUUUUAAUUAAAGUACUAUUUUGGCA